UUCCAUCGCAAUUUCCACGGUGAUUUUUGUUGAAAUUUUGCUCGUGAAAAUUAACUUGUGAAAAAUGUCUCUCUCUCGUGCAACCCGCCUCCUUCAGGUCACCAAAACCCGUAGCGUUCCGACUGCAUUGUACCAUGCAAAUGUUAUUGAUCACUACGAGAACCCUCGCAACGUUGGAUCCAUGGAUAAGAAUGAGAAGAACGUAGGAACUGGUCUUGUCGGUGCUCCGGCUUGUGGCGAUGUCAUGAAAUUGCAGAUCAAGGUUGAUGAGAAUGGAAAAAUUGUUGAUGCAAAAUUCAAGACCUUCGGUUGCGGAUCUGCUAUUGCCUCCAGCUCUCUGGCCACGGAGUGGGUGAAGGGGAAGUCAAUCGACGAAGCUGGGAAGCUGAAGAACACUGAUAUUGCUAAAGAACUCUCUCUCCCACCAGUGAAGCUCCACUGCUCAAUGCUGGCUGAGGAUGCCAUCAAGGCGGCCCUUGCUGACUACAAGGUCAAGCAGGAGAAGAAGAACGACUAGUGAGAUGAUAUAGCUCUUAGAGGUUACUUUCAUUAGAUUUAGUUGAGACUGUCAGAGUAAAUAUAUUUUCAAAUUAUUGCACAAA